AUGUCCGCUGAUGCCCAUUCUGAGCAUCAAAUUCAGCGUCUUUUGCUUGAUUUAAUACCUCCGAAUGGUGAUUGCGAGGUAGCGCCGAAGCUAGAUGUUCAGUGGAGCAAGCAUCUUCACAACAAGCUACAGGCACUCAAUGUGGACUUAGUGUCAAUGGGUUUUGUGUCAUAUCUGCGCACAUCGGACCCUCACACUGCCAUAAUUGAUUUCAAUGUUCUCAUAGCGGCUCUUUAUGAACUCUUCGAACUCUAUUUACGAUGUCUUAAUGCACGCGAAGAUGCUGACAUCAAAAUUCGCCGAUUAACAGCGGAUUUGGAGCACUCGCGGAAAAUGCAUGAUCGCUGCAAAGAUGAACUUCAGUCCACACGCGAUGCAGUGCAUCAUGCUAAAGAAAAUGAAAGACGAAUUGGAGCGGAAAAAGUGACUCUUGCCAAUCAGCUUCGGGCUUCUAAGGAGGCUUUUCGACGCCACCAAUCCGAUUCCCAACUGCAUAGUGCCCACCUCCAACGCAAAGUGAAUAGCCUUGAGAAGGAAGUUGCUGGUCUUAAAAAUCGGCUUAACGCCCUCCUUGAGAAACCAAUGGUCGUACGUCGCUUCCCUUCCGCUCAUGAGACCGUCAGAUCUGGCCAUCCAAGCAAAAUGAGUAGUCAACUCGAUCGAACGCGCAACGUGCGCAAUCGCGAAAACGACCUGUUUUACGAAAACAGAGAGCUGCGAGACCUCGUUUCUGUCCUCUCUACUCGAAUUCUUCGAUUCACUCGACACCUAUGCCGAAAAAGGCGUCGCCAUCAGUUACUUGUAGGGACAUCGGAAGCGCAGCUGGAGGUUAACGAGGAAGAAGAGGAGGAAGAAGAGACAUCUUUGGACGGGGAAAGCGAUGCUGACACAUAUUCUGAUUCUUCCGUGUGUGCAUCGAUGCAGUCACAACUCUCCGAUAUGCAAUGUCAACGUCGUCAAUCAGCGAAUGUACGACAUUUGCUGCUGGAACUACCAUUCCAUUUGGUUCGUGACCAGUUGGUCUGUCGAGUGCACCGUCUCUGCCGUCGUCUGUGGCGUGAAAUCAAAGCCGUGGGAUCGUUCGAAGGAGCACUUCCAUUAUCAAAAUGGACUGGAGGAUUGGGCGCCGUUAAUGGGGAAGCAUUAUCAACGGAUGAAGUCUCCGUUGAACAUCAUUUGCAGGAACAGCUAAGUCGAUGCAAAUUAGAUUCGGCACAAUGUGAACAAGAAUGGAAAGGUGAUGAUCUACUCAUGCCACCGUUCGUGUCACUCCCACCUUUAAACGAGGAGGCUGUCAAUGAUGAUGUGUCACUACCAAAAAAUGGUAUAGCUGAUGAGACCGUGAUUUUCGAUAACGAGACAGAGCCUCGAACUUCCAUAAGUGAUUGCUCUGGUAAGAUUGACGAAAAACAGUCAGGCUACAUUUACCUCAAAACAUACGGCGGUGGACUUGUUCCCUAUCCCUGCUAG